UCGGCCACCAGCUCGCUCUCUAUACUGUACGCCGAAGAAUAUAAAGGACCAAGAAACAACAUGUCCCAAAUCCAGGACAAGACACCAAACACUCCAAAUGUCGACGAGAAACAGCUUCAACCAGUCCCUUAUAACUUGGUUCCAUACGCGAUGCCCUACGGGCAAGCCCCAGGCGCAAUGCAACAGGGUGGGUACCCACAGAUGGGUCAGUUCUAUCCUGGCAUGCCAAAUUUUGCCCAUCAGCCUGGAGUGCCCUUGGUGGCAACUCCGAUCGCCGCCCUCAACCGUGCCUCUGCACCUGUCGACUGCCCUGUGUGCGGUAUACGCGAUCUUACCGCUACUAGAAAGUCUGGUCCUUUGCACGGCAUCCCUUCGAUGCCAGCUAGCAGUCAGCCCGAUACUCUAGGGGACAUAAAUAAAUCCCAUUUAGAGGCUUCCUUACCUCCAACUGAGCUUAAGCAAGAAAAGCUCACGAAGGUUACCUACGAUGGACCACCGAAAGUUAUUGGAGGGGUCGGAAGACCCGACAGUGUCCAUUCCCCAACGAAGGAACUACCAGGUGCACCGUCCUCAUCACAGCAACAACGCCAAGGCAGCCAAUAUACACCGAAUGAGAAGCAACCUCUCUUGCAAAGCUUCCAACAGGAUCCCAAUGUGACGCCGAUUGGUGCGCUCGGUCGCAAUUCCGCGAUCAUCAAGUGUCCACUGUGCAAUCAGUGCGACCCAACCAAUACUAGACUGCUGGCCAGAAAGUCACCAUAUCGACUUUCGGAAAUUGGAGUGGCCGGUGGGAAAGCACGACGCCUAACUGCCAGGACUUUUGCUUCUUGCGAUCCCGGAGAAGAUACUCUUACCGAGCACCCCCAAUUACAUGGAUGGGCGACAGACCCAACCCCUUCCUUACUACUCGCUCCCAGAUUCCAACCCAUAUGGGCAAAACCCAGCUGCGACGCAACAGGCCGGGUACCCGCAGCCGGGACAGAUGAUGAUGCAGCAAAUGAUGAUGCUACAGAUGGGGGUUCCAAUGGUGAGACCCAUCAAUGCACUCAUGCGUCAACCUGCACUCGUCGAUUGCCCC